AUGAAAUAUGAGCUAGAAAUCGCAUGUGAAGCGCAUGACCUAUUGGGAUCCCCGCGCAAUCGACUAGGACCGAAUUCGAGUGAUGAAUCGACAAAAGAUCGCAGCAGAAGCAGUACGGUGACAUCAGCGACAAUAUUAGAAGCUCCAUCCUCUUCAUCUUCAUUGAUUGAAUUGAUCGCCUCUCGGUCACAAGCCUCCGACGAUGAACCCGAGUCGGCUCGUGAAGCUGCUAACGAGACUGCGAAUAGCGAUACAUUCUCUUUGGUGGCUGAAUCCGUGGAGCAAAUGAAGGUUCUUCGAGCGAAUCUCAACACGACCGGCCAUGAGACAACGAGAGCCGAAAUCCGAGCUCUUCCACCAAUGAAUCAAACUCAAUUCAUCCAAAUGUGGAAGACUUUCUACGAGUUGGUCUCCUCCGAAAAUGUCGAUCAGAAAAUUUUUCAUUCGCUGGCGGUUGUAGGUACACUGCUUUUACAAAUCGGAGAAACUUAUAAAGAGUUGCAAGCAAAGCUGGAAGCUGAUAUUGCGUCGGCGUUGAGUUCGGAUGAUGCGGAAGAAGAAAAGGAAGAUGAGGAAGAGAUCACUGAGUCCGAUGAGGAAUUCCGGAAAAGGAAAGAGCCUUUUGUGGAAGCGACAAGACGGAGAGUGGGAGAACACUCGAAAAGCGUUGUCGAUGGUGAAUGGCGAGUCACCCUCGAGCAAGUGUUGGCCUCGGUUCUCUCCGAGUCUCCACUCGCCGACUUUUUCGAUCGAAAAUACAGCCUUGAUCAGAUUAUCACAAGAUACCGAAAACACCGCUUCGACACAAUCGGAGAGGCGACCGCUGCACAAAAGCCUAUUGGCGUG